AUGGGCAUCAAAGAAGCCGCAUUUUCUGCCCGGCCCGGCUCUCUGUUGCCACCUCCGUAUGAGGCGGCGGCUUACCCGACCGAGCAGCCGCGACACCGUCUACUCGUCAGGCAGUGGUUGUCGCUGCGAACCCUCCUCAGCCUCGCCAUCACUACGUGUGUGCUCUGGCUGUGCAUCGCAAAUCAUCAUGCGCCCCGCGACACCGCUCGUGUCGUCGAUGACCGAUUUACCAUCGCCCUGGAACAAUGCCAAGCUCGCCAUCUGCUCCCUUCGAAACCCGACCCUGCAUCCAGAACCCAGAAUUCGCGAUGGGCUGCGGAGUAUGGCCAGAAGCAGCGCAUAGUCCUGAGGAAUGUGACGCUCUUUGAUGGCGAGAGCUUCAUUGAGCACGCUGUGGACGUAACCUUUGCAAGAGGGCUGGUCGAGUCUAUCCAAAAGUCGGGUGGAGAGAGCUUCCAGAAGGGCGCUAUCGUCUACAAUCUUCACGGGCGAUACGUGACUCCCGGCCUGGUCGACAUGCACUCACACCACAUGGUUAUCCCGUGGCCGGGAACGGAAAUGACCGCGGACGGCGCCGAGGUUCAUCCUGACACCAAGGCAGUCACCAGUCAAAUGCGCGUCGUAGACGCACUCAAAGCAUUCGAUGAAGGGACGGUCAUCAUCGCGUCUGGUGGUAUUACAACAUCUCUCAUCAUUCCAGGCUCGGCCAACCUCAUUGGUGGAGAGGGCGCACCGGUGAAGAAUGCCCUGUAUAGCGGUGCCAAUGCUGAACCGAUCGUCGAGGAGGUGCUGCUCGAGCGCGGGAUGCCGCAGCACGAGCGCCAAAGGUACAUGAAAAUGGCACUUGGCGAGAACCCCAAGAGGGUUUGGGGGUAUAGUCGGCUCGGCAAUGCGUGGCAUUUGCGAGAGCACUUCCAAAAGGCCAAGGACGUGAUGCAGUCACAAGAUGACUAUUGCGCGGGCUUGGAAGUGGCGAUUCGGAGCAAUUUGCAGGCGAAGGAGAGUUUCCUGGCUGCAAAUGGAAAGUUUCCAUUCAACCUGGAGCUCGAGAGUAUGGUUGCUCUACUCCGGGGUCAGGUCUCGCUUCACAACCACAACUACGAACCACAGGAUCUAGAAACAAUGAUCCGCAUCAGCGAGGAGUUUGGCUUCAAGAUUUCCGGUUUCCAUCACGCGAUAGAAGCUUGGCAAGUCCCCGGCAUGUUGAAGGAGCGAGUCCCCAACAUCACCAUUGCGACAUUCGCCGAGUUCAGCCUGUACAAGCAUGAAUCAUACUGGCCCAGCCUCUACGCCGGCCACGUCCUCGAUGAAAACGGGAUCAGAGUGGCGUACAAGUCGGACCACGUCGAGUCUUUUACGAACGCAAAGUAUUUGCUUUCCCAGGCGGCGGUCGCGCAUGCCUUUCACCUGCCGGCCGAAAAGGCGCUGCAGGCAGUCACCUCCAUCCCCGCCGCAGCUAUUGAGCAGGACCACCGAGUCGGCUAUUGCAGGGCUGGAUAUGACGCCGAUAUUGUCGUCUGGGAUGACCAUCCCCUCAACCGUGGCGCCACACCUUUGCAGGUCUUCAUCGAUGGCAUUGCCCAAUUGAACGAGACUGCGGUUGAGAGGAGUACAGGUUCCUCCUGGGUUGGUCAGGCAGCAAAGGGCUCUUCGGCCCAAAUCACGCCCCAAGUCAAGUAUGAGCCUGACGACCAGACUCGCGAUGAAACUUGCCGGAGGAUGACGGCGGCCAAUGGCAACAUUGUUAUUUCAGGUAUCAGCCGAACUUUUGUGCGAGGAUUUCCGGAGCGGAUCCGCGGAAACACCGCGACCGAGUCUGGGCCACUUCAGAUGAUUUUGGAAAACGGCAAGGUAGUUUGCAGUGACACUGUCGAAAACUGCAAAGAUGGUCGCGCCAAGAUUGAAGCGACAAAGGGAUACGCCAGCCUCCAACUCACGAACGGCCACGUCGCUCCCGGAUUGACCGCCCUUGCGAAUGCACUGGGCACGAGGGAAAUCGCUACGGACCCAGACACGGGCGAUGGCAGCGCAGGUGGCCAGAGCAUCACCGACCCAGAGAGCAUACUCUACGCCAAGCAUGCGGCCUUGCUUGACGGCAAGAGUUUUGCGCGCGCCCGCCUGGGCGGCGUCAGCCGUGCCAUCACGGCCCCGAUAGCUGACGGUCCUGCUCUCGUGUCGGGCGUGAGCGUUGAGAUCCUGACGAGUGGUAAGAAGAGCUUGCUGCAUGGUGGAAUAGUCCAGGAAGAGGUUGCGCUUCACAUGGCGCUCGGCGACGCUUCCGACGAAGGAAGCGGGAGUGGCGGCGUCAAAAAGCUGCGAAAAAUGCUGAGCGACGGGCUUGGCAAGAACAACGCGACUGUUUUUGGACGGGUGGCCGCGGGCAGUCUCCCACUCCUCGUGUGUGCCGAUAACAAGUACGAUAUUGAGCAACUGAUAUGGGUAAAGAACGAUCACCCAGACGCCAAACUUGUCCUUGUCGGUGCCAUGGAGGCUCCUUUUGUCGCCGAAGAUCUUGCUGCCGCUGACAUCCCCGUCAUCUUGACGCGCGACCGCGGUGCCCCGACGACCUUCCGUACCAGAGACGGCUUCGUGGGACCACCUCUUACACGCAGCAUUGCCAGUCAUCUCAAGGAUGCCGGCGUGAAAUUCGGCUUGGCCUUGCUUGAUUUGGGCAUGCCCUCGGACUACAAGAUCCACGAUCUGCUACCCGAAGCCGGAUGGACGGCAAAAUACGCGGGUCUCAGCGAUGCCGAGGCUGUCGAGCUCGUAACGAGCAACAUUGAGGACAUUCUCGACUUGAAGCAGAGAAGCAAGGACGUGGUUGUCUAUGAGGGAGACCCAUUGCACUAUGGCGCCACUGUGGCCAUAGUGCUGGCGGCAAAUGACGAGACUGGCGGGUUGGAGGUUUCUGGAUGUUUCCCGCGUGAGAAUGAGUUGGUGGUUUCUGUCGAAAGCGUCUAA